CUUUUGCAGCUUAUUAGUGAGAUGGCGAUCAGGCGUUUCGGUGUCAAUCGACUGUGUUCAGUAUCAGCCAUCUUGCUAAUUUCUCUGAUUUCCAUGCUACCGUUGCUACUUAUUAUGAAGACGGAUCGAGGGUUCAAGAAUCACGUAACAGAGGUGAGUUUAAUAAUUAUUUUAAAAGACAUUAUCAACAUGACUCAUGUUCCCUGUAAAAAGUUUCAAAAAGAUAUAAGUCACGUACUAACAUGGUCGUCUCUCGGAGACAAUAUUCUUCUAUCCGCAUACAAAGAUUGCUUUUGGGGAAAGUUCAAGCGAAGCCACAAAGGUUGGAAAUAUUAUCGCAAGGAAAUUAGAAAACUUUUGGCCAAACAUAGCGGUCUUGACAUCGACGUUAAUGUUGAUAACACAACUUUCGAACAAUUUGCAACCUAUUUGGUUCUUCGAUGGAGGGAAGGCGGCUUAUUUCAAGAACACUGGCGUGAACAGUAUAAGUUGUGUCAUCCAUGCCAAGUACAGUUUGAUUAUGUCGGCCAUUACGAAACAUUGCAAGAUGAUGCGCAAUUCGUUUUAAGAAAGACUAAACUAGACGACAAAGUGUUCUUUCCAGAAUGGCAGCCAACUAACACCAGCGCUUUGAUGAAGAAUUACUAUUCCACGCUGUCACUGCUUAGGAUAAGACAACUCUGGAACAUUUACAAGAAAGACUUUGAGUUGUUUGGUUAUACCUACCCAGGAGCCAUACAGAUGGUGGUAGACAACUUACUUAAUGACAAGGUUUAAAGGAAUCGUUUUAGAUCUUUGUCAAGCGUAUUUAAAUUUCUCUUACUUUUUAUUUUAGCCAAGGAGUGUGAGUCUGAGGUGAAAUAAUCUUUUGUUUAAAAAAACAUGCAAACGAUGCGAAAGGUCAAUACAAAGCAGAGUAGACCAGCUUGCAAGUAAGGCUAACGCGGGAAGUCUUUUCAAAUGUAAGUUUUAUUUCCCCGCAUGAACCUCCAUUGCAAGCUAGUUCCAGUCUAAUACAAUGGUCCAAUUAAUACCGUGAAUACAAAUAUGGUCUAUUGACACUUUCGCCUUGUUUGUAUGUCAAGCCACGUAUAACUGCAAUACCGGCUGCUUUAUUCACAUAUUCCCCAAUUUUGAAAACUGCGAGUGUUGCGAAAAAUAUUUGAAGGAUAAUAAAAUCAAUAGCCUCCAUUUGGCUCGAAAAUAUGCUCGGAUAUUUGUCGUUGGACCUUAUAUGUUCCUCGAAGCUCGCACUUUUCCUCGAGCUACGCUCUCGCAAAACUGUUCGCUUCUCGGAACAGAUUAUGUCCUCGGACAAAUGUCCGACCAUAUUUUCGACUAAGUAGAGGCUAUUUGUUAUGUAUUUUAACGAUUUAAAUUCAAUGUGUGU